UCCUUUGACGCUUGUUUCCCCAAAUCGCAUUCUGGAGCGAAGACUCCGUAACGCGUCUUCCCUCUAAAUCGAGAUCCAUUCUUCUCUGUAAACGAAGUUGUAGCACCCUCAACAAUGCGUGAGUGCAUCUCCGUGCACGUCGGCCAGGCUGGCGUCCAGAUUGGCAACGCCUGCUGGGAGUUGUAUUGCUUGGAGCAUGGCAUUCAGCCCGAUGGCCAGAUGCCGUCAGACAAAACCGUCGGCGGUGGCGAUGACAGCUUCAACACCUUCUUCAGCGAGACGGGUGCUGGGAAACACGUGCCCCGAGCAGUCUUUGUCGAUCUAGAGCCGACCGUUGUGGAUGAAGUGCGGUCGGGCACGUACCGCCAGCUGUUUCAUCCGGAGCAGCUGAUCACUGGCAAGGAAGACGCGGCCAACAACUAUGCUCGCGGCCACUACACCAUCGGCAAGGAGAUCAUCGAUUUGGUUUUGGAUAGGGUGAGGAAGCUUGCGGACCAGUGCACCGGCCUGCAGGGUUUCCUCAUCUUCCACUGUUUCGGAGGAGGCACUGGUUCCGGCUUCACCUCACUGCUGAUGGAGCGUUUGAGCGUUGAUUACGGCAAGAAAUCUAAGUUGGAGUUUGCUGUAUAUCCCGCUCCUCAGAUUUCCACAGCCGUCGUUGAGCCUUACAACUCCAUCCUGACCACUCACACCACAUUGGAGCACUCGGACUGCGCCUUCAUGGUUGACAACGAGGCCAUCUACGACAUAUGCCGGAGGAAUCUGGACAUUGAACGUCCCACCUACACCAACCUCAACCGCCUGAUUGGUCAGAUCGUCUCCUCCAUCACCGCCUCGCUCCGCUUCGACGGCGCCCUCAACGUCGACCUGACCGAGUUCCAAACGAACCUGGUGCCGUACCCACGCAUCCACUUCCCGCUGGUCACUUACGCGCCGGUCAUCUCCGCCGAGAAGGCCUACCACGAGCAACUGUCCGUCGCCGAGAUAACCAACGCCUGCUUCGAGCCGGCAAACCAGAUGGUCAAGUGCGACCCGCGCCACGGCAAGUACAUGGCCUGCUGCAUGCUAUACCGCGGCGAUGUUGUGCCAAAGGACGUCAACGCCGCCAUUGCCACUAUCAAGACCAAGCGGACUAUCCAGUUCGUCGACUGGUGCCCCACUGGCUUCAAGGUGGGCAUCAACUAUCAGCCGCCGACAGUGGUGCCGGGCGGGGACCUGGCCAAGGUCCAACGGGCGUUGUGCAUGCUCUCCAACACCACCGCCAUUGCCGAGGCAUGGGCCCGGCUCGACCACAAGUUUGACCUGAUGUACUCCAAGCGCGCGUUUGUCCACUGGUACGUCGGCGAGGGCAUGGAAGAGGGCGAGUUCUCCGAGGCUCGCGAAGAUCUGGCUGCGCUGGAGAAGGAUUUCGAGGAGGUCGGCAUGGACUCUGUCGAAGGGGAAGCCGAAGAAGAAGAGGGCUACUAAAACGCGAAAAUUGUCUGUUUUUUUCUGAAUAAACAGCUU